CACACACACAGCCCUUCUAUGUUUGUCAGACUCAAAUCCGAGGGAGAGGAGCUAGCCGCCAUUUUCUAAGCGUCUCUCCCUAAAACGAGAGAAAAACGCUCGCGACAAACUGCCAUCUGGAUUACCUUUCUCUCACUGAGAAUCGGAUUUUUUGGUGUAGGAUUGCGGUGAAAUCGCCUACAGUUGAAGUAAAUCGGGGUAGAAAGGAGUGUUUCACGGCCUUGUCUUAUAUUCGAGCUAGCUGGCGAGGCGAGGAGGUGUAGAUCGUUGAUUCGCCCGUUGCCUGAAUCCGGAACGAACCCGAGCGGCUCUGCGAACCGGGCCUUUUUCGCCAUCCGGCUGUAUUUUUGGACUAAUUAAUGGCAGAGUGACUGAAUCAAGCCGUGUUUUUGUGUUAGCACCCUUUGGUUUUUUUCCAUUAGAACUGCAGGGGAUUGUUGCCGAAAUUCCCUCGGAUAGUGCAACCUCGUCACGUGGUAGGUUCCUCCUUUUUCUUUGUUAGCGAGCUAGCUAGACUGGCAGGGUAUACUCCCAACUUAUCAGCUUUUCACAUAUGUCUAUAAACGCUACGUACAUUUUAAUCACACACCUGCUUGCCUGCCGAAGUAGGCCACAGGACGGUCCAGUAUAGAUUUACAACAACACACUGCCUGUAUUUAUUUUCACAGUCUAAUUGCAAUGCACACCAUGUCUCCAGUCUGCAUAAGCGGUGUUUAAAAUAAGUUGUGAUCCAUAGAGUACAGGUGUCCUGUCAUUGUUGAUGGAUAUAAAUGUGUGAUAUACCUCUGGCGUCCGUGCAUGUUUUUUUAUACCCUUUAAUACACAUCACUCGGGGCGUUAUUGACUAUAAACUAUCACUCGGAUGCGCGUAGGUUGCGUAGUAAGUGACUAAAAUGUUUACUUCCCCGGUGAGGUUUGCGUGAACCCAGUUAAUCCUCAAUCACACACGUCAAAAAGCUGAGAUGUGCCUUUUUUCUGUUUAACCGAAAGCAACAUAAUGCUCCAUAACGUGAUAAGGGCAGACAGCGUUGCACUGCAGUUGGCUAUAUCUUUGGAGCAGGUUGUGUUUCUUGCAUCAGCAGCUUUUCAGAGCUAACGCUAGCCACUCGAGAAGCGCAUUAAUCUGCACGCAGUGUACCGAGUGACAGUUAAGCGAGAUAAUAUUCAUAUUCAUCAUUUGGACCGCGGAUAAUCGCCGAAUUUCACCGGGAAUCACUCUGGUCCAACCCCCGCUUCUGUUAAAUGGUUAACCCGGGCAGCUGUGGGAGAAAUCCUGGUUAUGAAACAACCUUAUAACACUUGAACGCACCGCGGACAGACGCCCUAACCUUCCUUUAAAACGCUCUGAUGUUUUUGUAAACACCAGGAAGACGUUUCGGUGAUUACGUUAUGCUUGGCUAACGUUGGAUGUGGACAUAUUUGUCGCAUCUCCAGCCAGACAGAAACGAGAUAAGCUGGUGCUAUAGUGCAUAAUGGAUUAAUGUUAUGUGCAUACUGGCUGUCUUUAUUUGUUUCCUCCCCUAUAGCGUGAACUAGUUCGGUGUGUUUGGAGCGGAAUGGGCGGUUUAAGAUAGAUGAAUUGCAUUGCAUAAUCUGCUUCGGAAAUACCAACAUGGCGUAGUGCGCGCUGACUAGAAACUGCGGUGAAAUACUGAGCCCCCAUUCAUCUGACCCUGCAGACGAUACGCGGGGAUGCAGCUCGCUUUUAUCUCUUGUUUAAUGUGAAGGGAGGCUUUUAAAAAAGGUUUAAAUGAAUAUACAGGCAGUCUUUGUGAAAGGCUUGUGAAUCAACGGGGCAAUACUGCCUCUUAAUAUCGUGUUUAUCCGUCUCGUUGCAUAUUUAAUUAAGAAAAAAAUCGUGUUUUCAGGAUUGAUAUUCGAAGAAAUUGUUAGAGUUCAGUAGGUUUGUCUGAAAUUGACACAGGGACCUAGUCAGGAUGACAUCAUGUGCUUUGGACUAAUGCUGAGGCCUAAAUCCACCUACUUACCCAGGCUGUGUGGAGCUCUGCUGCACACUGACUUACCAGGGCACAUGUAGGGCAGUGGGGUUUGGAUCAUUUGCAUUGGUUUUUCCUGCUUCUUCGCUCGUCAGAAUAUAAUGGCAAAGCUCAUUCUGUAAAGAGUAGCCUUGUGAGGAAAUGACAAUGAAGGCUUGUUCACACAUGCAUGGGUGUAGUGGGAAUUAUUUAUUGGCCUGGGAUGUAGCUCAGAUGUCUGCUGUUAUUCCAUCUUUAUAGUCAGCAUCCCACGCACCAAGGUCAGUGCAGAUCAUUAAAUUUUUCAGAUGUAUUUCAGCCUCUGGACUGGGCCUUUGUGUACAAACAUACUCCUGUGAUUAUACCUAAAUUAAAUUACAUUUUUUGCUCUUUUGUACGAGCUGCUGAACGCUUUUGACAGUAAAUUUGAUCUCCCCUUAUGUUCUUUACCUGUAAUGUUUCCCCCUGCCUCUUUGUAGGAUCAUUUUUAGCAGCGCUGGCAACCAGUAGGUCAACCAAAUGUCAAUGAGUCACCGGUGCAUUUGAUCAGGCCUUAGACUAGAUAAGGUGGUAAUCAUUACUCCAGUUCCCAUCAGUCAGUAUGUCAUACUUGACUUAAAGCAAAGGUUUAUGCCACAUUUCAGGGUUUACAUUUGUACUAAAUAUUUCAGAUGCUCUUUCUUUUUGGGUGGUGGUUUGUAAUUUUCCACUCCCUCUACUGGCUCACAGAACCUGUAGUGCAACUAUUCCAGUAGUAUGUUUUAUUGGACAUUAGUUCAGCCUAUGCAUUUGUUGCUUAUGCUUCCACUUGGUGUGUCAUCAUUUGAUGUGGAGAAAUAUGUGAAUAAUAUGUAUUUGUUUAUCAAAUUGAAUGAUAGUUUUUGAGUCAUUUUUUGUCUUCAAACACAUAUUAGCUUUAACCUUAUGUCCUUCCAUUGAAGUGAACCAUCUCUAUGACUAUAAAUAUAGCAAUACAAGUUCUAGACCUUUUGAGGUCUGCUGUUUCAGGAUUAAAUCAAUAUUUUUUUCAUGUUUUUUUCAGUAUUCUUGCUUUUGUUUAUAGAAUGGGGUUAUAGGUAUAUCUCUGUACAUGAUUUUUAUUCAUAUUGCAAAAUAAAGACACUACAUUACCUCAUCAAAUACCCUCCCACACAAUUUAGAAUUAGGAUUAAAUGUAAAAUAUUUGUUGUAAAUUUAAAAUUGUGCUUCUGAGGUUUAUGAAAAUACUCCAUUUGACUUUGUCUUGUCCCCCCGCCCUCUUUGUUCUGUCCAGGCUGUCCUCAGGUGGGGCAGUAAGCGGGUGGAGUGGAGCAGGCCGCGGUGCCCGUCCCUCUGCACUGCAUGGCUGCGAUGGCGCCCGCUCUCACCGACGCCCCAGCCGAAGCUCACCACAUCCGCUUCAAACUGGCUGCCCCAUCCUCAAGUCUCUCACCGGCCAGUGCAGAGAACAACGGUAACGCCAGCAACAUCCUUAUCCACAGCAGCGGCCCCGCCAAGUGUAAGGCCGCCCCCGAAGAGUGCCCCCUUGACUUUUGUGGCGGCGACCAAGAACAGCAGCAGCAGCCCCAAACAGACUCUGUGGCUCAGGCUUCGGCCCUGGGCAAGCUCCAGCCGCUGGUGGCUUCUUACCUAUGCUCUGAUGUGACACCUGUCCCCUCAACUAAGGAGUCAAUCAAACUGCAAGGAGUCCUCAUCAAACAGUCUGUGCUAAAGAGCCACAGAAUACUGGACAACUCGCUGUUCAACGGAGGAGGAGACUUCCUGUUAAGGAAGAGGCAGGCGAUAGAGCUCUCUGGCAGCCAGCUCAAAAGCCUCAUGAGUGGCAGCACCAACGGAGGUGGCCAGCCUAUGGCACCUGUCAAUGGCCUGGCCAAGAAGCUGGCCACUAUGUCCAGCCCUGGCUGUGUGGUGGCAGUGAAUGGCGACAAGCCGCCUGCCACCACAGACUCUCAGACCCAGAACCUGCCCCUAAACUCGGAGACCUUGACAGCUACCUUAUCAGGGCAUAUCCCGGUGAAAGGAACCCUUAAACAGAAGCAUUCCUCUGGGGUUUCUCAAAAUACUGAUGGAAAAAAUCUUGAACCCACGGUGCUUCAGUCUGUUGCACUUUCCCCCUUUACCCAUGGCAACCCUAACCCCACUGAACAAGUUAAUCUGCAGGAGGCUGAUUCACAAACGCAUACCAGUCAGACACAGGGUGCUGACAGGGAGACAGCAGGUAGCAGUCAGCAGGGAUCUCCAUCCUGCACACCUGCACCCGAGCCUCCCUUGCCCUGUAGUUCCUCCUCGGACAGCCUUGAUGCUGAAGUAAGGGAGCGCACCCUUCUCAACAGCAGCCGCCAAGCUGAGAUUGAGAACCGACUAAGGCGCCUGCGCAAGCGCCUUCAGGUUGUACAGGCGAAGCAGGUGGAGCGGCACAUACAGCAGCAGCUCAGCGGCUUCUUGGACUCGGCUCUCAACCGGCUACUAGCAGGUAAUCGCAAAUCGGAGACGGCGACCCCCACGGCGACAUGGAGGACUGGGCGCCACUCUUCGUCAAACAACAGAGACAGCCUCAGCCGCUUCCUGAAAAACGGCGCCAUGCCCUUGGAACUGGAGAGGCUUUAUCUGAGUGGGUCAGCAAACCUUCAUUCAGUAGAAAGCGCCUUUGACUCAGAUGUAACAGAAAGUAGCUCUGGAGGGGACUCUGACCUGGAGGAGGAGGAGCUGGCCCGAGUGGACAUUGAGCAGCGACAUGUCAAAAUGUAAGUAAAGAUGACCUCACUGAGACAUGAGGCCUGUAUGUAUGUUUCAGCUUGUAUGUAUACGGUCCUGUGGGGGUGGAAAUUUCACUUCUAAGGCUCAAGUUGAAUGUUGAAAGCAGCAUUUGUGUGGAAAAACUGUUUCACAGUGACCAGGAUUCUUGACACUUGUCCAGGUAACUCACAUUACUCUCAGUCCCUGUAUUUCCAAGCCCUGCAGUGUGCAGCUCAGGCCUAGCAGGUGCUAAUGACAAUUAUAACUGCCUGUUCUGCUCCAGUAGUGGUUGGGUCAAACUCCAGGGAGGGGUAGAUACCAGAGAGCAUGUGUAGUGGUGUGGGUGGUAUCAUCCUGUAGAGAAAAUACAGUUUCGAAUGGACUCCAAAGUAAAAAAGCUCUCUCGUCACACGGUGCUUCCUCCUGAGAGGCUGAAACUGAACGUUCUGUUUAUCUGCAGAGCGAACAAGUGAGCGCCCACAGAGCCAGUGAGUGUUUUGAUUUAAACCGAAACCAAGAGGAAACAGAGAGUUUAGGGUGGCGGUGGUUUUUGUAGGAGGUGUGGGUUUUUAUGUUUUGUACAUGCUGCCCGUUGUGAUGUCAGGCUUACCUCAGCAGGUGCUCGCAAAUCUAUUCCAUGGGAAGUUGGCAACAGAGUGCUUAUUUCUCUGACAUUAGUGCGUUAAAGGGAGGGAACAAGUGCAGCAGGUGGGUCUGCGGCGUUAAUGGACCUCCUGAUCUGUGCAAGGUUGGGUAGAUUAUUAACUGUGUGGCUGAGAAACACAGAUUUUUAUUAUCCUUAGCUGUGUUGACUUUAGACCUUUGACCUAAAUAUCUUCAUAACUAAACAGGAAGCAGGAAGUGUCUGUGUGUCUUUGUGUGCUGCAUUCAUGAGACCAAAGUAGAAAAAUUGCUUGAAAUGUAUUCAAACGGCGUCUCAAGCCUUUUAAGGUCAAAUGUGAUAUUAUAGCAGUUAAUGUGCAAAUUUACAGCGAGCAAUUUCCAAGGAGAAUGACCAAUGAGGCGCCUCAGAGGGCCUGAGGUAGAAGGAGGAUUGUGAUUUUGCAUUUUUUGUUGUCUCAAAGUGUGAUACCAUGGUCUUCACUGAAAAAGUCUCAAACAGCUGUCGUGUCAUUCUUUAACAAAAUAAGCUGCGAUAGACAGAAAGGCUGCAGGAUUAUGACCAAAAUGAUAAUCCCCAUUACUUUAAUCAGCGUUGAGAUCUUGAUUAAAAAUCACAAUCAUUUAUCACAGUUAGAGACACAGCUUCCUCUGUUUUAUAUAAACUCUCAGUCACAUGGAGCGUAAGAUUGCGUCAAAGCUUUAUUUUUAUUACUUAUAUAUUAUUCAUGUUAAUACAGUCGAACAUGGAUUUUUAUUUUUAGUCGAAGUGAAUUAUCUGAACUUAGAUUCAUAUGAUCACAACCCAGUUACAGAUCUAACCUACUACACUGUAUUAAUUUUUCAAAAUGAUACAGACUCAAAGGUCACUCAGUGUUUAAUGUGUAAAUCCACGUCAACCAUCUUCUGCGCUCGUCAAUGUUUGUUAACGCAGCACUGCUCCUUUUGCCCCUCUGCUUGACAAACACACACCUGACCCUCUUUCUCUCCAUCUGCUUUGCUGCAGGUGUUUUUUUUUUCUUGCUCACAUUAAGUAAAUUUUUAAUUGUGUGAAGGCCAAAAUUUUAAGUGCAAACUUAACUUGAUUAACCCUGCAUCCCUGAUAAAAAGUGAAGCUAAAAUCUUGCAGAGAGGGAAUCAGCUGAUCUAUAAAGAUCAUCUUAUUAAAGGGAACAAAUGUGUGCCUUACAACAGGGCAGAGUGCUGUGUACACAAAGGUGCAGAGAUAGUAUUUUACAACAUUUGAAUGUCCUUUGAUAAAGAUAUUUUAGAUGUUAUGCUUGGUCGAGACAUUAAAAGCCUCUGAUGUGAAAACCAAAUACUUUGCCUUCAUUUGCAUAUAAGCUCUGUAUUGUUUCUGUAUAGGAGCUGGGAAGGUUCUUGUUUGUGUUUGAUCACUGCUGCUAUCCAGAUCAGACCAAAACAGCGUUUGUAUUUCGUUGAUUUAAUGCAGUAGUGUGUUCUCAGUACAUAGUCAGAUGAACAGUUAAGUCUUAAAAUCUAAAGAGCAAUUCUUCAUAUCCUGAUAAUACUUUUUAGUUCAUGCUGUUAUGAAACUGAAAGCGGUGCUUAUCUGGGGGGAUUUGAAAUUGGACACUGUGAAGUUGUCGGUGCUUUCCACAGUUGGCAGAUCCUUCAAUAUUACUACUGAGUAACUAUAUUGCAAUUAGGCUCAUGUGAGUGUGUGUUACUGGACGAAGAACUCCAGAGGACCAUCUACAUCUUGAUAGGAAUGAAAACUGGCCACAUUUUUGCUAAAAUACCGUUGUAGAUGAGUGAAAUUAUGAAGAUCACAUGUGAUAUUUUGGUACAUGCCUGCAUUUUUAUCCUUUCAUAAAGAGCUUUAAUUACUUAUUUGUUUUGUGGACAUAUACAAGGGAUAAACAGCUCAUAAAUACUAACACCAUACACAGGAAAAUGAAGCUGCAGGCAGCAUUGAUUAUAGACAAUCGGUGUUUAUGAGCAGGGGGUUGAUUCACAGUUGAUCAUAUGAUUAACCUUUUGUGGUGGCGAAGCUCCAAACAGAUCACCAUCAUGCGGUUUUUCUCCACCCAAAGUGAUUUUGUUUCCUAAGCUCCUUGAUUCAGACUCUGGACGUCUGAUGGAUUCUUCUAGUCUCCAAACAGUUUGUUUACCUCCAUGUUGUUCCAGAUGCUUCUGAAAGACAUUAUUCCUAUUUAAAAGUAGGGAUAAGACAGAUGCAUCACUCACUGGUAUAAUGACUCCUACCCAGCUCAUUACAGUCUUGAAUAUCCUUCAAGUUCCAGGGAAAAUUACCAGCAGCAAACUCGCCUUUUCCCCCUCUGAGCUGCAGUUAAUCUUCUGUUAUAGCAAACAUGACACAUCUUGUUCCUGCUUUACCUUGAAAACACUUCAGCAGCCAACCAUUGUCAGGCUUUUAUUGUCACGCUGCUGUAGCUUCUUGCAACCUUAGUCACUGUCGUUAACAACUGUUAACACUUCUGCGGUGCUCUUAUUUAAAUGACAUAUUCGUUGUGUGUCUUGUCCCCUAUAUGCCAGCACGUCGCCAAGAAACAACCAAAUGUUUCAGUUUGUCUUUACCGAGAACCAAAAGCUGUCUAACUCAUUCUGGUGCUGAGGGUUACUAUUUAUUCUGUCAGUAAAAGCUUCCUCAAACUUUCUUCCUUAAUCAGCUAUGUAGAUUUUCACAGCCCAGAUUGCAGAAACAAGAAGUAGCACUGCAUGCUUUGCAAACCCUUUGUGAUUGUCCUGACUUCCUGCUGUUUACAUGAGGUUUUAUUUUCCACAAUUCUGUGGCCACACAUGAUGAAAGUAAGUUCUUAUUUUGUAAACACUGAUUAGUGUAUGCCGCAAAUCUGGAUGUUGUCUUUAUAAUGAGACACACAGACAUGCAGAACCAAAAAUCUGAAUUUUAGAUUAAAGCUUUCCCAGGUGGAAUUAUUAUAAAUAAAACAAAAUGUUUGAUAUUAUGGAGAGAAAGAACUUCCCAAAUAAAAACGUCAUUGUGUUUGAUAACACUGAAGUAAGUGUGUUGUAUUACAUGAAACUUCCAGGAAUAAGACAAUAAAAAGGUUUUAUCUUGAAGUUAAUGUAUCCUGGUGUAUUCCCAGAGUAUGGAUCAUAUUGAACAUUAUUUCAUGAGUCAUAGUGUGUAAGCUCUUGAGCGUGCUAAUACUGCCAUACUCAUUUGUUUUGUAUUCAGUGGUUUCCUGGUAUUUAUUUAAAAACUAACUGCUUCAAAGCAUUAAAAUCCAAAACAACAGGAUAUCAUCAGCACUGCUCGCAAAACAGAGGUUUAAUCACUUCUGUAGCUUAUUAAUUUAUGAGCUUUUCAUGAAUUUCAUCAAGAGCCAGAGGAUUGUUACUCCUGAGUUCUUUAUUUUAGAUGAUUAGAUUAUAGAUGGCAGAAUUAAGUCAUAUUUCCCCAGUCAAAUACCCUGUUAGCCUUAGUAGGUAGACCCAAUUUAGAGUUAAACAAGUAUUCUUGAUGAUGACGUUUAAGUCAGUGUCUAUCACAGCAUUAUACAUAUAUAGUUAAUGACAUAAAGCCUGUGUAUUUAUUCACUUCAGCUAUUCUAGAGAUGCACAAACUGGAUUUAUGUCUGUGUUUUCAGACUCAUUUUGGCUGAAACAAAAAUGCACACACCCUUUUUUUCAUCAUAAAAAACACCAAAUUUCUCCUGGACUUGAAUUCACCUGUCACUUGUAGUGGUACAGUCUGUUAUGUAAACAUAAAUAAAUAAUUACGGCAUAAAUAAUAUGCUGUAAAAUCUGAAAUAUAAGCUGGACCGGUGUAUAAGACACAGUCAGGUUUUGGGGGUGUCCCAGAGGGGAAAUGGCUCAAGCUUCUCGCUGCAGAAGAUUCUAUUGUUUUUAACAAACGUCUACAAUGUGCAGUUUCUGUAAGAAUGAAGCUGUUAUUUGCUAUCUUAUCAGCUACCAGUGCAGGAGUUAAAUUCAGAGACCAUGCAAGUACAUUCCCUUAAAUUUGCAUGAACAUUAGCCGCUGCCCGUGACCAAUUGCUUAUCGAUCCAAUUCUUUAUCAACACAGUACACAUGAAUAGUUCAUCCCCAUCAACGACGCUGAUUUACUCCCUCUUUUAUUACUUUUAAUUUCUCAGCUGAAACAAUAGAGCCUGGUUUCUGAGUUAAAGGUCUUUAAAGGUCAGCUGAUUGUGGAUCAUAAUAAUGAUAGAAACCUACAGCUAACAACAGAAAUCCCACUAAAUCAUUAAAUCGAAAACAUAAAUCGUCACAGAUUACUUUUGAAUUAGAGGGACUGGAUCCAGACAGUCUCAGGAAUCACACCGAUCUUCUCUGUGGGAUAGAAAAGCUCCUGAAUGUUAAAGAGACAUGCAGAUUGAAGCUGUCAUGCUGCUGGCCUUAUAAAGCAAGUGUAUCUUACAGUGAGUCAGUAUGUUGUAAGGUUGUAUUUUUAAAGCUGAACGAUAUUGGGUUGCAUUAUGAUAACACUUAUGACCGCGCCUGUCUUCCGUCUGCCAUGACUACUCCUGCGGUUGUCGUUAGCAUCGGCUGCCUCUGGCGAUCCAUUAUGUCAUUAUUUUCCAAGGCACUGACAACAAUUGAACCAAGUGGAAAGCGCUAUUAAAGGAACUGUUAUGCAUAAAGCAAAUGAUGUCGAUGGCUCAAACUAGCUGGAACCGGUUCUGAUCAGGAACCAGUUUUCAAUUCCCACCCUUACUCUACUUAUGGAUUACGGCUCUGAUUCUUCUGGGAGAAUCCUUUUUUGGGGGGAAAGGUGUUAUAACGUAGCUUUGCUAGACUUGUCGUCCCCAAAAUGUGUCCUACAUCUUUUGUCGUUUGUCUUAGAGCGCCAUCUGUACUCUACUGUAUAGAAAUUAAGACUAUAACAGGGCUCUGCUCUGGUAGUAAAAGUGUGUCUUCUAACAUUUCGAACGUCUUCACUAUAACCCACAUGUUCAGGCUUGUUGUUGGUAAGCUGUCUUGUGUGUGUAUAAUUAAUACAUUACCUUAAACUGCUGUUGUACGUUUCUGCAGGAAUGUUCAAAUCCACCAUACUGAUUAUUUACUUUGUAGGUUAUAACUGUUGAUAUUGAUUAUAUAAUACAGCCCUAGAAAUUUCAUUCUUGGUCAUCUCUAUUGAGAGGAAAGGUCCUUUCACACUGGGACCGUUUUUUUUUUUUGUGCGAUUAUUUGCGAUGUCUGAUUGUUUACGUGUCGGAAAACAGAGUGCGUUUUCAUAAAGGACACAAAUAUUACAAAGAUAACAACCUGAAGGACAUUCACCUUUGCGUUUGUUUUGUCAUAAAUUUAUCAAAUGUUCUGUUACUGUUUUUACCUGGGACGCUGUCGGAUGGUAAGGGAAGGUCCCGCCCUCCUUCACCUCUGAUUGGCUUUAAGUGCUGACCAUUUGGCUUGAGCGUGUGAUGACGUUUCCAUCUUUUCUAGCCAAUCAGAGGUGAAGGAGGCGGGACUUUCCCCGGGAUGCAUCUUUUUUCCCCCUGGAAAGCCGCAAAAUCGCAUCAGGCUCGAUGCGUCAAAAUUCGCCUCCGAAUAUUAUAUAAUUUCGCGUUCUAUAUUUGCGUCGGCCUGGUGUGUGAGGACCUUAAAUCUGCCUGGCCAUAUAUACUGUCAGUGUUUGAAGCUCAGUGCAGUUUCUGUUGACUCAAAGUCUUCAGUCCAUUUAGGUUUUUUAGCUGUUCUUUUGUUCUAAAAAUCAAUAUGUCAAAGACACAAAGCAAUCUGAAUGCUUUGACUUCAUUGCACAGUAACUAGGAGGGGGAGAAUCAGUCAUUAAUCAUUAACUAUAAUCUGUAGAUGCUGGCUGACCUAAUAUAAGAGCCUUCUGAAGUGAAUAUCUACAUGUUGCUUUCCCAGCAGGAGUUUGUGUUCAGCGCCCUCAUGCUGUUUUUUUUCCCUCACAAAAACACCUCGACCUGAGCCCACUUGACAACAGGUCCGGCUCUGUUCUAUAAAAGCAGAACUGUUUUAUUGACCUGUUUUACCUGCCGCACAAUGCUGCAAAACGUAGUGCUUUGAGAGACACAAAACAGGUUCAUAAAGCGGCGUUGAUUUGUUCAGAUGCUCUUGAAUAAGCCCUCCCCCGUGUGAGAGGUUCUGUAUGGCUGUCACAAAAGCACCUGUCACUUCUGGCGUUUGUAAAUGUUUGCCAAGCGGUGGCACAUGUAAGCCGAAUAGUUUUCUGCACGCUGAGUGAAAGCUGCCAUGGAAAUAUAAAACUGUUCAUCUGUAGUGUCUUUAGAAACAGCUGGGCGAUGCACACUGAACAAUCAUCCCUCCCACAACGAGAAAGAAACUGGUUCUGAGCUCCAAACCUGAUUGUGAAUGAGUCGGUCUGCAGGGAUUGGGUGUGUGUAUGUAUAUACCCAUAAUGCCACAUUUUCACAACUGACACUUUGCCGUAGUUACCAAUUAAUGGCUUACAGUUGUACAGCAGUAAACAGAGCAGACAAUGUAACGUCUUCUCCCAGCAGCAGCACCUCAAUUAUUCAACCUCAGCUGAGUGGAAAAUAACCUAUUUGAGCAGUUUGUUUGAAUGCGGCGCACUGCUUACAACUAAUCCUGUCAACCCUGUCCAUACUGUAGACGUGGUUUCCCGUAUCUCAGAGGAUUGGGGGGUAGCCAACAUCUGUUGUCGUGCUUAUGCUGCAGGGCCUCUGUGCUCGAGCCAGUGUGUCUGUCUGUAAAUGUGACGUCCAUAAUGGCCUCUAUAUAUGAGGGUGUGGGUGCUUCUAGCUUCAGAGGACGAGGCCUGCCCUCAAACCAGCUGCAAAGUGGCCGACACAACACAUACAUUAGAAGAUGACGUUAAAGCGGAGCGGGUUAUGGAGGCAUGUUACAAAGAGCAGGGGUUGUUCUGCGUUAAGGAGCGAGUGGGCACAGUCUCUUGUUUCUGAGGCAACAAUAAUGCUCAUCAGGAAAUCUCAGAGCUUACAUAAUGGCUCAUAGACAGAACAAUGAAAAUGUCUGAAAUUUGUUACCGGACUGAGGCUCACGGGCUUUGUGUCUCUCAGAUGGUUGGAUGAUCCGGAGUACAUGUUAGUACGCAGUAAGACAGCUAACAUGCCUGUCUGCCUGCUCUGCUGCGGCUUGUGAACUGGGGUAACCAGGCUGGCGGAGGCUACAGCGUGCCUUUCAUGCUUAUGGCUCAGCAUUACUCUGCAGUCUGAGCAGCUCGGCUCUGUUUUUUUCCCCCUCUCUGUCCAUUCCUCUGUGUGUGUCUGUGUGUGUUUGUAUACGUAUGUGAGUUCCUGUAUAGGUUUCUGUCCCGUUUGACACAUCUGGAUGUGUUUAGCCAGGCCCAAGUUCCUCAACACGAAACCCACAGGCGUUACAUAACCCCCCCUCUUUAUGUAAUGACUGCUGCAGAUCUCCGGCUGAAUAUGCCCUCUCUAGUUUUUCCUGCCCCACACCCUGUCGGCCGGCCUCGCUCACAAUCCCCGGCUCCUGAGCACUCUCUUCCUGUUAAAGAGGAGUUUAAGCAGCUGUCUUGAGAAACACCAGCCAGCCAUCCUGGCAACACCAGAAUAAAGUGAAAAAAAACGAGGCAGCUUUCAGCCUCCAUAAAUGUUUCAGUGUUUGGGUAAUUUUCAGCUCUUUAACUGUGCUUUGAAAAUCCUUGACUCCGGAGAACAAAGAAAUUAAAAUGACAGCUGCUGCUUUGAUUUCCCUUGUUCUUGUUACUACGUGUGAAUGAUGAGUGAAUGUUUUUCAAAGCAUAAUGGCAAAAUGAUUCCAUUUCAUUUCAUAUGGGAGGAAAAAUGUCUGCGGGCUUUUGUUUUGCCUCCAUACCUCCAUUACCUGGAUUUAUAACCACGUCGCUUUGGCAGAUUUUUGUAAAAUGAGCUUUUGUUUCAAAAUGUGGUCAUGGCUGAAAAUGAGAGAUUCAUAAGCUUUUAUCUAAUUCACAUAAGUGAGAUAACUACACUGGAGCUAGCCUAUUCUGCGCUCAAGUGAAGAAUCAAAAACCGUAGAGAUGAAAUUCUACAGAAAGUGGGGAAAAAAAAGGAAAUCACAUCAUGGUCUAAUGAAAUAUCUAAAUCACAGAGGCUGCUCUUCUUUGUUCGCUGUGAAGAUGCCCCGACCUACAUAUUUUGUUCUCAAGAAACAAAAGAAAGAUGAGUAGACUCUCGUGUUGGUAAAGUAUUGAUAUCAGCCCAUUAAGACUUGAUGUUGAACAUCAGAAACAAAGACGAUCAAAUCUGCAGAUAAAACUGACUGUGGUGAGAAGAACUCCACAAUGCAAACCUAGAUUUACAUGCCAUCCAAGUCGAAGCCGUUUCCUCAUUAUCCCAGAGUUUUACACAUUUGAGAAGCAUUUUACUUCAUACUUACACAGACUGUCAUAAUAAGAGAUUAUAAAAUUACUCCUAAACUAAACAGAUGACUGCUGAUCUGUACAAGGAAAAACAUCUCAUCUUUCAACAUCAGAAAUUGUCUUUGCUUCGCUGGUUAAUGUCAGGAUAAAGAACAAACCGAUCCUGAUCGAGAUCAAUAUCAAUAUCAUAGCACUUUAAAUUUGACAGUUUUCUGAUGCUCAACAUGAAACAGUGAUGUGAAAAUCUUAAAGUAAGGAUUUAGACUAAAGCCUGAUUUAUAUUCUGAACUAGGCCUGGGCGAUUUGGCAAAAAAAAUGAUCACAAUAUAUUUUGUCAUGUCAUCCGAUCUCGAUUAUUGUCACGAUUUUUUUUACUGCCUGUUUUAAAGCAUCUGUACUAAAAACUAAAGAAACUAGUUUAGUUAAUUCAACAUUUUUUUAACAUACAAAGUAACUAACAAAGAAAAUUCGCCAACAUACCUCGCACAUUGGCUUAGUUGCUCGACGUCACUUAGGAGCUCCAUGUUCGGUCAUUCUGUUUAUUUCUCCGACAACUUACAGAAGUGAGCAGAAAAAGCUUGACUCUGAUUGGCUGUUGUGACGCACAUUUCCGCUACGUUUGAUCAAGUAAAUAUGCUCACAGCUGAUCACCGUGAUCGAACGUAAUUGUAAAUAUCAUGUGUCUCCCCGGAGGUUACCUGUAGAGAGCUCAGGCUGUGCGCAAUCAUCAGUCACUAUCAUCAGACAUAAACAAGAGACAUGUUAGAAGUAACAGAGGUUACUGUUAUGCUAACUCUGGGUCUCAGUGCUUUGGUAAGUGACAGAUUCUUGAGCCGAAUCGGGCGACUGAUGAUCGUGGACAGAUUCCACCGCCAGCUCUGCCUCUGCUCAGUUUUUCCAGUGUUCCCACACCUCAGUCGCAGCGUUGUUUUUCUUGUUAAGGUUUCCACCAAUAAAACUGAACUUAAGUGGUAAAAUACCUCGACCUGCCUAUUUGUUACGUGGCGAUUAUGCGCUGUGCAGAUGUGAAAAACUGAAGACUUGGUCCUUUCAAACUCUCUGCUGUUGUCUUGACCCUCACGUCCCCCUUUGCCUCUACACCACCACUACAUUCAUGUGCUCUGAAGUAUGUGCUUCCAGCGCUUGGGGUGCAUGGCAGCUAUCAUGAGUGUCCACAACGUUGCUCUGCAAUACUCCACCCAGACGCUAGUUGGCAGUACAAUUUCUAUUCUGGUCAUAUUGCCGGUUCUCGCACAGGAAACAUGACGCUUAAAUCUGAGAGUGUCAUUGUUGGAGUUGGAGCUGAUAAAUAUUGAGCAGCAGCUGAUCACACUGAAAGGAAAAGAGAGGUGACAUUGGAGAGGACAAGGGAAUAUCGUGACGAGACUGGAAAUGCUGUAAAUGCAGGAAAUAGGAUGCGACCCAGCGGACCAGUCAUAGGUCUUGCAGUCUGAGGAGUUGAAUUUUUUAAGAGGUGCAUGUGAGGCUAUGUUUGUGGGCGUCAGCAAAGGUACAGGGCUACGCAAAGCUUAGAGUGUUUGUUCUAGUGUGGAGUUGACACAGAAACACGAGAAGAGAAAAUCCUGCCCUAUUUGUGUCGCCGGAAUAUUCCAGCUUGAAGUCGUUUCUUAGCUUUAGAUGUAGGGAUGUUUCCUUACAUACAGGUUUCACAUCACCUUCAAAAUCAGGCUGCUAAAAUGUGAUUUUCUUCCUACUUACAGUGAAUCAUAACCUGCAUUGUUGUUGUUAAAGCUUUCAUUAUGUUAGCAUGGCACCCUGCAGUUAACUGCUCGUCCAGCUGCUCAUUUUGCAAUAUUUGACAAUAUUUAGCAUUGCAACAAGAGCAUAUCCAGAUCAGUGUUGUCAGGAACCUGAUUUCAACCAACAGCAGCAACUGAAAUCUGUGACACAGCAGCACCACCUCACAAAAACAAGGAAAUGACUCCAACUUAGGGAGAGGGACAGAUGCGAGCUGCACCUCCAGCAACAAAAACUGUGUUUGGAAUAUUUUUGUGCAUUAAAGUGUCACAGCAGACAGCUGAGCUCGGGUCCUGAGAUGACGCAUUCAGAGAUGAGCAGCUUGCAUGCGAAGGAUGUAAGUUGAAUGGCUUCAUGUGUUGAGCAGUGUUUCGCUUUCAGUUUAUCUAGAUGAAGUCUUCCGGAUUUGUCCUUGGUCAUUUUUGUCCAUUGAUUUGCAUCAGGAUUUAAAAAGCUGUUACGGUAUAUUAUAAGUGUUUCACUCUUGUAAUCCGUUUCGGUGUGUAUAUUUGUCAUAACUUGAGGUUGAAAAUGGCAGUUUAACCACCAGAACAGGAAAGGCGUCAAAGCUGCAUCAGCAGCUGUUUCUGAGGAGGUUCACCUUCUGCUGUUCAAUAAAUGUGGAGGAAGUAAACUGCUGAUGAUGGUGCAGUCAGGCCCCUUAUGUGCACAAACGUUCUUAUUUUGGAGCCCUUGUCUCUCAGAACUGAUACCCCCUAUAUACAGGAAACUGGCGUGUAAACAGUGUACUGCCCAUACUGCUGUGAGAUGUAGUGAUAACACAUGACUGAGCUACUCAUUACAAAGAUCAACCAAAGAGAGUAAAUCUUUCUUUUAGGAGAAUUGUGUGUCUGUCUCCAAGAGAAGAAUAGCCCGUCACCAAACACAGUGUAACAUAAACACAGUUUUAAUACACACACAGACACACACACUCAGACACACACAAUGGAUGGGGGGAGUCGAGGAAGUCUGUGUGUGCAGAAAUAUGCACUGCACCACAAACAGGAAUCUGGGAAGUGUUCUUGGUAACAUCAUGUCUCCUCUUCUUUCUCUGUGGAAGGAUACGUCAGGUGUAGAUGCGUGAGCCGGCUCUCAGCCCAGAGAUCUGUUGGUUUUUGGAGCGAGCACUCAGCCACGUUUCUGAGCGGCCGUGUUGGUUUUGGAGGGCUGGUAUGGUACAGGGGUCUUCAUACAACGUAUGUGCUGCAUCCAGAGAAGCUCCACAAUGGAGAAUGUGCUGACUGCCAGAAAACCACGGCCGUAGUGAUUGGCGCCCGUGCUUUGUGAGCGUGGGAGAAGGGGGGGGGAGAAAAAUGUGUCCUGGUUAGAGGGGGGGAGGAUGAAGCUCCUAAUGUCAGGACGGGGGAGGUUCUCAGUGCUCACUACAGACCCCUCCUCCUCCUCAUCGUCCGCCGUCACUCUGACGAUUAAGGUCACUGGACUGAAGUGUGUUUAUAUUCCUCCAAAUGACAUUUUUAGCUCUUCCUGCGUCCCUGACACCAUGAUUUACCCAAAGAAAGACAAGUAUCUACUGGUGUCUCAAAUCAAAACCAGCCCCGGAUAGAAACCUCUGGGACUGGAGCUUUCUGACAUGAAGCAUCAACAAUGAGUCAGUUAGUUAACAAUGUUUAACAGAAAAACAAUUUCUUUAAAAAAAGGGACUUUCCAACACUCCGAGUCUGUGCUUUAGACAUUUUUCAACAUUUUUGACAUUUAUUGAUCAAACAAAUAAUCAGUUCAUUAGAAAAAUAAACACCAGACAGAGUAUUGAUUAAUGUGGGUGCCCCAAAUUUCAGAUUGUCCUCAUUAACUUGUAGUUGUUCAUUGAAGCCAGCUAAUUGCACCUUCAUGCUGUUGAUUUGUUCGUCAAAUGGAUUUAAUUUCAGGGUGCUGUUUGUAACAUAGUCAUAUCAGUACAGAGAUAUACUAACCCCUAAAAAUGAAGCCUUUAACAAUUAAACAUGGGCAAACUCAAACUUUAUAGAAGGAGCUGUAAACAUCAGCACUGACACAGGGAUGUGAUCGUUCACAAACGUGAGGGUGUGACCUUAGAUUCACACAUGUAUGUGAAAACAUGUUUUAAAUAAGGGGCUUUUAAACUGCUUAAUCAAAUCAGACUUUCAGAACAUCCAGAGGCUAAAAAUAGUCGUGAUGUUUGUGUCGAGCUGGAGCUCAACCUGCUGGUUUAAACUGACAGCAGUGAGCCAUGUUGUCUGUUUGUGUUUAUUUCCUGUGCUGAGUGGACUUGAAAGUAUGAAGCGGUGUUCGUCACCAGCUAGUGAUCGACUGCAGCAGAACAUACACACCUCUCUCUCUCUUUCUCUCUCCUUCUCUGUUGCUAUGGUUAUGGACGCUCUGUCUAAGGGUGUAUAAAUCAAGAUUAGUAAUUACAGUCCCACAUAACUACAUAAUAACUACAGAUGGGUUAAUUGUGUUUAGCCUACUGCUGCUUAUCCUAUAGACUCCUGUGCUGAAAUAGCCUCGAGUUUGAAUCUUUGUGUGUGUUUGUGGGGGUGGUAUGGGGGGGUCCUGCUUUUUGUCCAGUGCCAGACACAUCUCUGCUUACAGAAAAGGGUGAUGGUGUGUUGUAGGCAGCUGAACACUAUGUUCAUUAUUGAACUUAGUGUCACAUUGUCUUCCCUGAGCCGGAGUUACGAGUAAAGAGAUGCAGUGAUUCAGCCUGUACUGACAGCUUUUGGAUUAUUCUACAUGUGUGUUUUUCUAAGAAGAUAUGAGGUUGUUAGUAUGUCUUAUAAACUGCACGUCGCUUUCUCAGAGAGGAUGUAAACACUCCCACGCUGCCAACGUUUUCUUCUCUUUUCACAUUUUCAUUAUAAAACCAGAUUUCCUCUGCCCCACAGAGACUCUCCUUCUGAAUGAGCAGCUCUGUGUAUGAGCUCGUCUGCAUUAAAUCGGCGCAGCACAACAGCUAAACUUUGGCCGCUGACAUUGGUGCCUUAGACUGACUCUGUCAAACUUGUACUUGGAUGUGCACUCCCCUCCACUCUUAAUUUCCCACCUCUGUCAGGGCUUGACACUAACUUUUUCAUAAGGAGCACAUGUGCUUCUACGUUGGAGGAGUAAGGAGCACACAAAAAACUUUAGGGGCACCAUGAAAAUUUAUCAAAUAAUGUUUGUCUUAUUGGUCGACAUAAGUACUAUUAUUUGAAAUCAAUUUGAGGUCUUCAACAAAAUGUUGAAAAUUUGGCUUUAAAUUUAAAAAACAUUUUUAGAGGACAAAUUAGGGCAAUAAAAAGACGUGUCUAUUGUCCAACCUUAGUACUAUUAGUUGAAAUUAAUUAGGCAUGUGCCGAUGUGAAAAAUUUGAUAUCACGCUAUUGGUGACCCAAAAUAUCACGAUUCACGAUAUAACCAUGAUUGGUUAUAGCACAUUGCUUUUAACGUUAUUAAAAAUGGCAAAAAAACAGCGAAAUCACUUCUCUGUGCACAGCAUGACACGCACAAACAAUAUGAGCAAGAGGCAGCUAACGCGACGUUGGGAGCAUUAGCUUUUUGAGCUAAAGUUGGCAGAAACGUCACUAACGUUGUCAAUAAUAAGCAGUAGAGUAGACCAAACUUGUUGCGGUCAUGUUGUUUUUACCUUGAUUUGGGCGAACGAUGCUGGAUGGUUUCCACGGAGGUGGGCACGUAGGUUUGAAGUGUUCGACAACAGCGCUGCAACUUCCUUACGGCAUAACCUUCAGAUUGGUGUCAGGUUUACCUGCUCCGUCUGUUUUGUGAAGCCACAAACCCCCGUCUGUCUGUUCUUUGUGAUCUCUGUCACUGUAGAGUUCAAUAAGAGCUCCGUCUGCUACUAACUCAGUGUUUUGACGCUCUCCAUCCCUACCAGAGAGUACGCACCUCCUUGGGAUCAUUAUCCAGGUCACCCUGAGAGACGUCUCACCUGGCCUCUCCUCCCUGUGGUGUAUAUGUUGUCCACCCGCCUCUUAAUGACUCCCGGGCAUGCUCAGAGUGAUUAGUGCACAAAAUCGUACUACACACUUUGCGCCACUGGUGCUGUCCUUAGAUGCGUCUCCACAGGGAUUCACGCAUGCAAAUGAGUUGCCAGUGAAUUGAUCUGAUGCACCAGGCCUGGGCGUGUUCAGCUGUUUUGUUUUUUUUACAUUGACGAGUCAGUGUGUAAGAAGAGAUCAUGUUUGUUUGUGUGUGUGUGUGUGUGCAAAGAAGGAUUAGGCCUGUGGAAUAGCAAUAGGAGAUGUUAUGAACAGGUAGCACUGCAGCUGUAUUUGCAGCAGUGUCCUUGAUUCUGGAUUGCAGUCAACCAGCCAUAGAUUUCUUCACGUUGUGGCUGAGUGAAGGAAAGAAUCAAGGCGUCGCUCUCUGAUUGUCCGGAUUGGUUGUUGAUGUCUGCAUCAAAGCCACACUAACUCUCCUUCCGCUCAGCUCCGCAAUAAGACAAGCAUGCCUGGUUGGAUUAUUGGUUAUCCCAGUGUCUGCCGCACUGUUCCCUGACCCAGUCCCACCCCCCUCCAGCGCCCUGUGGCCUGUAGAUUGCUUUUAAAGCCCGUCUGUUCCUCUCCGGGCUGCCAGAGCUUCCCAGUCCUUCUCGUCCCUCUUCUACCUCCUCUCCCUACCCCCGCCCCCCUUCCCCUUCCCGUCUCUUCUCCCUCUCCCAGCAGUAGCCUUUCUCCACUUCCUCCAUCCUGUUGGAGCUCUGGAAAUUGAAAACAGAGUCGGGUGUGGGGAGGAGAAAGCGCAGAGGAGUGCAAGGUCUAUCUUUGUCUGCCAUCUGAGUCAUUUUUUCAUUGUUCAGCCACGGCCACUGCUGCCAGUAUUUUGAUGAAACAGCACCCUCUGUGGUUGUUGCCGCUCAGUACAGGAGCAGACAUUUUCCUCUCAUGUCUGCCUUUGAAAUGCCCAUUCUGUGUGUCAUACUGGUAAAAUGGAGUACUCUGCUCUGAGCUGGGAUCCACUCUUAACCAUGAAAUCAAUCAGUCAAGUCAAAACCUCUAUUUUUAUCAAAUUUCCUCAUUACAAAAACACGUCUGAACAUGUUGUUUUUGGGAAGAUUUUUUUUUUCCCAGGGUGCCUGCAGUUACUGAGAGAUUUGUAUAAUGCUGAUUCACUGACCUCUGCAGUCUGACAGGGGAAAUGCUUUAAGGCUGACUCGAUCAUGUGCUUUAAACGAUGAGUUUUGCUGUUGUUAUGAGGAUUUCUGUGUGUCAUCAGGACAGAGCAAACCUUAAUCAGACUCGACUGUAAAUCUGAAUAAAACUCUUAUGUAGAGAAGUAGAUUUACUGAGAUCCAGGCAGCCUCCUGUUUUAUCCAGAAAAUCUGAAAAUAGAAGUUUAUUUUUUAAACAUAUAUGAAUAUAAAACUAAAUGUUUUUAUACAUUUAAGAUUAAAAAAGGCACAUUAAUGAAAUUGAUGUCCUCAAGUAGGGGUGUGGGACACUGACAAAGUAAGAGCCUGAUAUUUUUGCAUGUGUAAUAAACAAAAAUUGUGUUUUUGAUAUAUGAGUCAAUGACGUAUAAGGUUUUUAAACAUGCCAAUUUUAAAAUGACAAAAAUAUGAAUAUAUUAAGGAUGUGUGUAUAAAAAAUUUAAUGUUAAAUUUUAGUGUUUUUUCAUAUAGAUGAGUUGCCCGUGGCCUUAAAAAAUGUCAUGUGGUGUGACCAUAAUUUCUCUCAAAAUUAUUUUUUUCAACAUACUUAAUAGUUUUUUAAAAAUAGUCAUUAAUAUGAAGUAGAUCGAAACAAAGUGUUUGCAUUUCAUUUGAGUUUUUGUAAAUAAUGAUCUCACAUUUUAGCUCUAUAAUGUCAGUCACUGAAUUAAAUGCAGUUAACUACUAAUUUUGUCUUUAAAUUGCAUGAUACUGAUAAAAAUGUUUUAAAACUACCUUUCACUUAAGCAUAUUGUAUCAAAUGUAAUUAUUGUUCGCACCACAUGAUAUUUUGACACGUUGAAGUUCAGAAAAAUGACAAAUAAGACCUGAUUUUUGAAAAGUUGAAGUGACUACAUAUAUGAGAGAGAGAGUCUACAUAUAGAAAGUAUAUUUUUGUGCAUUUAAACCUUUUUUAACUUAAAAAAAUUCAGCCGGACAGAAUAUUUAGGCGUCACGUCAUUGACCCAUAUGUAAAGUAGUCUCGUAUCUGCUUUACUUAAAACUGAGCCAUGUAAGUGAAUAUAAAAUAAAGACUGAUGAGAUAAAAUCAAAUAGUCAUGAGGAAGCAAACAGCCUUCAGGAUCGACUUCGAACCUGCUGCAUGAAGACCCUCAAAAAGUGUGAGGAGAGCAUUUUAAACCCACACCUUAGCUUACGGUUACCUGAGUGUGUUUCUGUGUGGUUUGUCAUGACUCCUCAAGCUUUCAUAUUCUAUGAAGUGGUUUGCUGAAGCAGUGAGACAUGUUUGCCGUCGACCUGACAGCAGCUGCCUUCCAACAUAUUGUCAUCUUUUUAAAGUGAAACCACCUCUGUGUGAGUGAGAAUGAUCCACGGCGAGCAAUUAAAUUCAAAGAUGUCCGUCCUGACUGAGGCUGCUGGUUUUUGUGUUUUGUCUCCCGGUGCUUUUUGUUCACGAAGCUAUGAUAGUGGGUGAACACUGCAUGUGUGUGGACUGUAAAAGUGUGUUUUGAUUCAUGAAUAUGUGACGUACUCUACUGUCAUUUUACACAUCAUUAUAAAAGAUUUAAAUUUAGAUGUCAUCCCUUCUCAUAGAGUAUCUUUGUAAAUGUUUAACUCAGGAUAAACGGAGUGAAGAGCAGAAAACAUGAAUUCAUGAGGCUGAAUUAUUUAGAGCUUUCCAUCUGUUUGUCUUGACUGAUGAAAUUGUUGCUGCUGCCCAAUUAAAAAUCUAUUACUAAUUACAUUUAUGUGCUUUAAUGAUGGAUAGAGUUUUUAUUUCAACAUUUCAUGUGCGGUUGGAAAAUUGUCGUGUAACUCCUCUGGCCAAAUGGUUCAUAACUGUUCAGUUUCUAUUUUGGCCCGUGUCCAAAAAGGAUCUUCAGGUCUCUUCAAAAAUCUACCAGCUGUUGCCAAAGUUCGGAUCCAUGUUCUGAUAAUGCUGCUGAUAUUGUUAUUUUUAUCCAAACCUCAUCUGUUCACCUUUUUAAAACAUUCGUUCCUUUUUUUUUGACCCUCAGAUGGAAGCGUGCAGAGAGCCGCUACACGGUGGAGAGAGCCGCCAUCAUCAGUCACUGGAACUGGCUCCAGGCCCACAUCUCGGACUUGGAGUACCGCAUCCGACAGCAAACCGACAUCUACAGACAGAUCCGCGCCAGCAAGGUCAGUCCAUCUAUCUUUUUGUCUAUUUGAUUGUUUUAAAUACUUGAGUAAAAACAUGAUUCUCUGUUUAUUUAGUUUGUGGUUAAAGUGCGACUCUCGUGUUUUGGUUGUUCAGGGCUCUGUCGAGUUGGGAGGUGUGGCCCCCUGCACGGUGUCUUCUGGUGGGACAGAGGUGAAGGCAGAGCCUGUAAACACUCAGGUAAGCAGGGGCCGGUGUUCCCACACAGCUGUGAUCAGACUCUUUCUGUCCCCUCAAGCUCAAACCAAUCAGUGUGUGUGCUUUAAAACUCUUUACUCAACUCAACUCAACUUCAUUGAUAAAGCACAGCUGAACAAAGUGCUGUACAUAAAUAGGCAAAACAACGCAGUAAUUAAAAUAAUGGAUAAAAGAAAAGCAGAAUUAAAAAGGAAAAUAUAGUUUCAAUGUUUUUAAAAACUUAUUUAAAAGCAUAGAAAGAAAUAACUAAAAACAAACCAUAAAACACCAAAACAGGAGCCGAGUCUCAUGCAGGGUUAAAAGCCAAUGAGUAAAAAUGGGUCUUUAAUCUGACUCCCUCAAAUGCCGUAUCCAGAACAGCUGGUCCAGCAGUUUUUGCUCUCACCACCAUCAUCUUUUUUUUUCUGUAGUUACUCAAGCAAAAGUCCUUCAUAUAUGUGGUUAUAUUUUCUCUUGGUUUAUAGGUUUAGAUAUGGAUUCAAAGUUGAGUGUCCAUUUAAGAGAAAGAGGCGUAUUUUAAAGAACUCAGGGUUAAAGUUCCUGUGAGGAAAAACAUCUCUCACUCUGAGUGUCUGCCAGGAAAAACAUUACAAAAGAGAUGUUUCUGUAGAGCGCUGUCAAGUGUCGUCUGUGACACCUCCCCCUCCAGACAUCACAGGGAUCAAUUAAUGAAUUGUUAUCUUGUUUACUUACUAUCUUGUUUGCUUUGUUAGGUCAAUAAAAGCACCAGUGUCAAUUCCAGGCUCAUUCAUAACCAGCUGGAAAAGUUCUUACAGGAGCUUUAAUGUAAAUUUGUUAUAAAUUACACAAUAGAAACAAACACUAAAUAAAAAUGCCUAAUAAAAAGCUGUUAAAAUGAUAUUUCAGUUUUCUUCAGAUGAAUAUGACACUUACCUGAAGUUUGUAAAUUAGUGAAUGAAGACGACAGUAAAAGCAGCUUUCAUUCAGCGCUUCCUCUCAGCGUUGGACGGUGGGUUCGACAGUCUCCUGCACUCUCAGGUUUAUUCCUACCUGCCCGGUAACCAAUGAGACAGUCCGCGUUGUUUGUUCUCGUCACAGCCUCUGUUGGAAAAGAUGAAUGUUGACAGGAAAUGAUUUCCUUUUUGUCUUGUCUGUCGGGUUUGAACUGAUUUAGAGUGAAAAGAAUUUGAGUAUGAAGCUCCUUCAGGAUUCAUCUCCUGAUAAUUUUCAAUGAUUUAUCACAGGAUGAGACUCUCAGGACGGAUACGCUCGAGGUGUUUGUACAAAUGUUUAUUGAACCAAAACAACUGCUGGUGUGGCCUCUGCUCCGAAGAACUGUUCUGACUGAUGGCCCGCUUUUUUUUUUUUUAUGAAGUGAUCCAGAUUCAAACAUAAUCCUCACUGGAUUCAGGAGCCUGAUAAACUGACAGGAUAUGAUCAGAAACUUUGAAACAGAAAUGAUUGAAUUGAUUCAAAUCUUUGGACACAACAGUCUUCAUCCCAAGACGCACUUCAAAGAUCAAGAGCAGGUCUAGACCACGCGCAUUGUUUGAUAAAUUAUCAAGACCCAACCUAAGAUGAGUUUUGGCGCAUCUCAUCUAACACGAAUAACAGUGGUGAGGAAGAACUUCCUUUUAACAGGCAGAUACCUUGAGCAGGACCAGACUCAUGUUAGACAGCCACCAAGCUGCUGCUGGGUUGGGGAGGAAUACAGAAAGAUAGGGGGAGAGAAAGAGAACAAGAUAGAGGGAAGGAGAGAGAGAAUGAGGAAGGGAGAGAGUGAGACAGGGGACAGCAGCAACAUUAAAACAACAACAGUUCAUGUAAUGAUGAAACAAAAUGAAUUCAGUUUACAGGGUUAGGACAUGAGUAAUUAUGGACUAUGUUAAAUUAAUUUAAUGUGAUUACAGUCAGCAGGUCUAGUAGUAGUCAACUCUAGUUUUAUGUUAUUGAUGUCAAUGAGGCUGAAUUUUUGACUCCUUCAUACCUUGCGGUCUUUAAAAUGAAUCAACAGAGAGAGAGUAAAGAAAAUACAAGAGGGCGAACGAAGAUUGAGGAACUUAUUUUGUGAUCGUUUCAUCGCGGUUAAGUUCUGGAGGACUUAAAGAUUCACCUGCACACGCCACUCAUACCCAUAUUUUCUGGUCUUGUUUAAAGAUACAACCUUUCUGCACCUUAUUAUUCAAAGAGAUCCCAAAUUAAUGUAUUUGGGAGCUGUACCUGAGAAAGUAAUAGAACAAGGAGAUGAUUAUCUAUUUAAGGUCUUGAUUGUUGCAGGCAAAAAGGCUAUGAGAGGGAACUGGAUGAAAACUGGGACAGUGGAUGGACAUUAUGGGCUUAAUUUACACCAUCGAAAGUCUAACUUACCACUUGUGGCUGGACAUGUCUACCUUUUAACAAAAAUGGAGGAAACAGACAGGUUUAAGGAGCUUGAAGGUUAAUAAACAGACUAUGUGGACCUCUUUGUUAACCACUUGUGUAAUGAGGAGUAAGAACUGCCCCCUGUGUCCCUUUGUUCCUUUUUUCUUUUCUUUUUUUUCCUCUAUUUUUAUUUUUGAGAAAAAGGAAAAAGAAAUACUUGUCUCGAACCAUGCUAUACUGAAAAAUAAAGUUUAAAAACACAUCUGUACAUAUGAGGUAAGGUGCUGGAUUUGCGGCUGAAGUUGCGCCUCUUCCUGCCCGAUGUGUGUGUCUGCUCAGCCCUCCAUCACAGCCACUACACCUGCUGUGGCAUUAGAGUGAAUAACUCUGCUUCUGAGUCAGUUUAUAAAAGAUGAUUCUGGUCAUAAAUCUGUUCUGGAGGUUCUGACCAAAGUGCUGCAUUCAGUGGAUUCUCUCAGGACAGUUGCUUCCAUUAAUCAAAGUCAGUUUUCGAUAGCCUUGAUCAGAGGUGAAAUGUUGUUUUCUUUUGAGGACAGAUUUAAUGUUCUUUGUCAAGCGAGACCUCUGAAUGAAAAUGACUCAAAAACAAGGACCCGUCAGCUGUUGAAUCAAUGAGACCUCCAGUUUUGAGAAGGACACUUCCAGAAUGAAACGUUCCAGUCUGUGUGUGAAUGCUUGUGAUGAGUGUGUGGCCUCUUUUGUGACAGUGGAGAGUGGGCUUUUAGAUAUUCGGAGAGUCCAGCUCUCCUCGCAGAUCUCAUCUGAAUAAUUCAAACCUGGAGGAGCAGGAUGAUUCAGUUUGUCUAUUGCGUCGUUUCCUUAAAUAUCUUGUCGUCUGUUGAGUGCUAUCAGCGGUCUGCUCCUGUGUCGGUUACAUGACGCGUGUUCUCACUGCCUUUGUCUUAUCUGUCCGUGCAGGAUGUUGGUUCAGAACGGCUGGAGCACACAGGCGCCGCCCACAUCGCCAACACAGAGCCGGGCUCCUGGAAAGGUCAAAACACACAGCCUGUUAACGGCGUACUCAGCAGGUACGGCUGAUGAUGAUUACCGUGUUUCAUUUCCCAGAAGGCACUCUGCUCUCUGAGAAACACAACACAGGAGAGUUCUGGAUAAUGACACAUUUUAGGGGUUUGUUAUUGUGAGAUGCUGAUGUUUUCCAGAGUUCUAAUGAUUUGUUCUUUAAUCAGCUACACAAUCAACAGAGGAGGCAACCAUUUCUGUAAUUGUUGGUGUUUUUUUGGGGUUUGUUUUUCUGCAGAAAUCCCACAUCUUUCUUUUUUUGUCACACAUGAUACUCAGUUUAAUACACUUUUAUGGCAUUUUGCAGCUUUUGCCUCCAGUGAGAUUUUUUGAAAAAGCAGUUUGAAAGGGUUUUUAUUGUCCUAUCUGUCUCUUACAUUUUAGAGACGCUUAUUUUGAUCAAAAUUUCUCUAAAACAAAAUCAUGUUGUUCAAUGGUUAAAAGCCUGAUAUUACUUUAAAGGGCGAGACACUAACCUUUUUCAUAAGGAGCACAUGUUCUCCUAAGUUAAAAAAGUCAGGAGCACACAAAGAACUUUUAGGGGCACUAUGAAAAUUAAUCGAAUAAUGUUUGUCUUGUUAAUCGACUUAAGUACUAUUAUUUGAAACCAAUUUUAGGUCUUUUGGUCACAUGACAUGGAAGCUAUUGAAGAAAAUGUUCAAAAUUUGCCUUUAAAUUUAACACAAACGCUUAUAGAGGACAAAUUAGGGAAAUAAAGAGGUGUGUUUUAUUGUUUGACAUAAGUACUAUUAUUUAAAAUCAAUUUUAGGUCUUUUGGUUAUGUAACAUGGAAGCUAUUGAAGGAAAACAGCUUUUUCUGAGAACAACAACCAGUAAUUUAUUGAUGGUCCCUUAUUCAACACCUGACGUUGACAGGGAGGGUGAAGAGUAGAUUUAACCGCGCUGCUGUUGCUAUUACCAGUCAUGGAGAGUGAGAAUACACCGGUAGAUCCGCUGUGAAUGUCUGUUGAAUAUCCAACCUAAAACUAACUUUGCUGCAGUAUUUAUAUGUAAAAAACAUUUGUUACCUCGGCUAAUGUUUUUUUUUUCCGCACGUGCCCCUAAAUACAUUUUACAAUUUGCACACAUCUAUUUUAGCCCUGCUGGAAAACUUAUUUGGUUAGUUUAUUUUAUUGCUUAUCAAUAUAAAUCCAAUAAAACACAGUUAUUAACCUUCAUCAGUCUCUCCCAGUGAGACUAAAUAAGUCGAGUUUCAGGUGUUACUGAUGUAUCUCACCGCGCGUUGGUGUUUAAUUUGAAGGUGUAAAACCUCUGACCUUCUCUCCUCUGGUUGUCCUUGUGACAGGAUGGCGGACAGCGCAGACACCAAGCACCAGCAGCCGUUGGCCUACGACAGCACGUGCGUGGCUGCGCGCACACGCCCGCUCGUCAGCUGUCGACGACGGCGGCUCAUUCAGCCCAACACUGUGCCCAACCUCAACGGCAAGGUGAGUUUCAGGGUUUGUGUUUGUGUCCGCCGACCGCCAUCAUCUGAUCAGUUUAAAACCUCCAUCACUCCUUCAAAGCCUCUGAGAGGUUUUAUCAGCGCACGGAAAGUUCUGAUGAUAACAUCUGUGGUGCGUUGCUGUGGAGAUGUUGAGCUUAGUCGCAGAGCCACAGAUGAAGUGGAUUUCUCUCCUUAGAAAACAUGUUUUGUGUUUAAUGCUUCGCUGCUGCUGCUGCUGAUUAGUCCUUUGCAACCUAAUAGCUGAGAAAACUAGAGAUAUGUGACUUUUUAUGAAAAACUGGGGCAAACAACAAAGAGGAGAAAUCACCCUCGUGACAACUCACAAGUUUUAGAGGAGAAAAAAAACAAAACAUCAGCUUGUUGUUGAUGCUCUCUGUCUCACGCACAAACACGUCACUCUACAACUCCGGCCUCUGUGGGACAGUCAGGGUAGAGAGUUUGACAUAAAGAGAAACAGAUAACUAUUGUGCAACAUGCAUCCUAAAUCAGAUGCAUUCAGAGUUUGAGGUCAGGAUUCCUUGCAGCAGAGUUUAGGCUUCACCCUUUAGGCUGUUGAUAGUCAGAGGAGAGCACCGGUUUAGAUGUAAGUGUUUGCUUUGUGCUGCAGCAGAGUUAACACAUGAAGUCGACUAAGUUUAGCGCCGCCAGAGGGCGGGGGUGACACCAAAUCACCCUUUUCUCCUAUUCACAAUUUCUACAGUUUACAUAAUCCUUCCAGAGCGGACAGAUUUUUCUGAAUGUGUGAUACAAAACCAAGGACAUGAAAGGUUGUUCAUUUAUUCACAAAGUCCACUGGAGCUUUGAUCGACUCUGAGGGUGUGCGGUCGAUCGAUCAUGGUCACACUCGGAUAUAAAGAAGUUUCUAAAUCAGUUCUUUUGUCAUUUCUGUGGAAAGUUUCGUACUUGGAUGAAUUUUUACUUACUGCGUAGAAAAGUUCCCUAAAAUGAUACAAGCUGUUCAUCAACAGCCUGAGAGCCAGCUGGUCGGAUGAUGUCUACACUUAAAUACUCAAGUUUUACUGAGUGAAGUCGUCUCAUUUUGAGUCCAAGCAUGUCAUUACACUUGAUUUAAUCUGCACUGAUCUGACAGGUCAAAAUAUAAAUCCUGUGUUUAGAUGUUUCACGCCUAAAUUUUCCUGAGGAGUUGUGAGGAGUUAUACAGCUUGUGUCAAGAAAGGUAUCAACAAAGCUUUGCUCUCUUCAUCUGAAACUGCUUUUACUCACUAGACUGAACUGAGACCUGGUUAAUAACAGGCCUUUCUCUGCAGCCAGCUGUGACUGAGUGUGCAGGGACCUUCUGCAAAGAGCAACACAGACAAAAGACAACUUCACUAUCUCCACCCAAGAGUCAAAAUCACUUCACACAUUUAUGCUGUUUGUGAUAUUACAGCAGCUAGUUUUUUAAAAAUGAAAUCUAACCCCUCCACUGACGUCCACUGCAGUGGGUUUAAAUAAGCACUCAGUGUUCAAAGUGGAUUUUGAAUCAAGUCAUUUUUGCUGCUUUCACUUGAGUUUAUAAUCAAACUGUUAGUUUCUUCAUCGAUGACAACCAACUAGAUCUUGACUCCAGCUGAGUUUAUUUCUUUUUACACCUUCAACUCCACGCCUGAAAUACUGAUCAUAUAGUAUACUGAGGUCUGAAGGCUGCUGGUGCUAACUCUGCUACUGUUACCCCAGAUUUCCACUGCAUCCGAAACGGCAGCAAUUUUGGAUUUCAGACAGCGGGAAUCAUGAGAACUCACAGGAAACAAUGGAUUCAUGUGCAAUCGCGCGAUAACGAGUUGUCUCUGUAAAAACAGCCACAUAACCAUGUAGACUGUGUCCUUCCAGAGGAGGAAAUCCACCUCUACACUUCUAAAAUCAGCAUCUCCUCAUCCAUGAUGUCAACGGGGUUAAAUGCGGUCUAGAAACCUUUCACUUGUUCGUCUCCGCCCGUUUGCAUGGUGUGAAAUAUGAUCCGCCUGAAAGCCGGAUGUUUUAUUUUGUGUCUGUGCCCGACUUCCUUUCCGGCACGGGUUAAUCUGUGCUGAAUUUAUCCGGCAAGCUCCGGCGUUCGGAAAGAAUAGAACUCUUGCGAUCUGGUGGAAAUUGACACAUUAACUUUAAUGGUUACAACCAGCUACGAUCGGCAGAUACGACCUUUCCGUAGUUGUGGUCUCGUGUUUAUCUGUGUUUGAUACAUGAUUUCUGAGUGUUUACAGUGAGACGCCUUGAAGGCCUCACAGUGAAUCGGAUUGUUCUCUCCUAUUUGCAGCGAGCCUGUAAACACUGGUCAAGAAAAUCACCCUCUGUGUGCUUAAACUGUCACAGUCAGUGUUUGAAUGUGACUCUGUUUGCAUCACCUGCUGAAUUAUUGAAGUCAGAAAACCAAACUGUGUUUUUGUUCUUUUUAAACGGCUCAAUGUAACGACUCCAUCCGAGGUUUCAACCUCUGAGCCGGACAUUUGACUGAAUGAGGUGUUACAUUUUCAACAUGGGGAUGAUUUUCAUUCAGUCGAACAUCCGUGUGUGUGUUUGUUUGUGUGUGUGUGUGUGUGUGUGUGUGUGUGUGUGUGUGUUCUGUAAAGUCACCUUCAAAAUGAGCCACAUUUUGAUCAUGUCCUGCUGAGAAGUCUGACAGGAUCCUCGUUUUCAGCAUCAAGUGUCUGUUCUGGUAAAAUGUCAGGCGCUAACACACAUGUAUCUCUCCUCUGUGGCAGUUCUGAGGUGUAUUUUUUGCCCACACUGAUUUUCUGUUCAGCCACCAGUGAAAAAUACACACACUGUGUCACCAUGACACCAAAGCCUUCAAACAGGGCGGUAUUAGAGAGGUGACUCACUGAACUCCAGCGGCUCACCUAAUAUCAGGAGACAUUUUUCUUGGGAGUAAUCCAGCUUCUGCUUAUUAGACGUGUUAAAAUAACAAUCGAGUUCUAACUGAUCACAGUCUCACAUGGUUUUCCUCCAUGUUCUCCAGGCUCCGAGGAGCAGCUGUAUCCAGUGUAACUGCAGGGUUAACCCCAGCUGUGUGAUGUGCGGUGGCUGGCCCACCCCCAGAGAGGACCCCCAGUACGAGCUGCCCACCCUGGAACGCCUGUCAAGGCUGGAUCGUGGCGUCCACCCCAUCCUCUCCUUCCCUGAUGGUCAGUGCUGAGCCGCCGGCUCCGUUUACGCAGCCGUUUCCUUCUUUACUUCCAGAGGGGAAGACAAACAAGGAGUGGCUGAGGAGAUAUCUCUCUCCAGGAAGUUGAUUGAAAACAUUUUCAGAUUAUCCUUUUGAUGAUGUCAUUUCCUCCUCAAUCCUCAGUUUCUGCUUUUCCUCCUUUUUUAAUGAUUCAAGUCUGUUUUUAAAAUCUUGUUUUAUAUCCAAGUUUAGAAACACAAAGUGUUCCUCCAUUAAAAACAUGAACCACAUAUUUCUUCUACAUAAUUCAGACGAGUAGUAUUUACAACUACAAGACAGCAGUGCGUUUGGCUCUGGUUCAUAUAGUAGAACGCCCGUGGCUCAUCAUACAUUUUGUAUUGUAUUGUGAAUGGCUAAUGUGGAGUUACAGAUGGUGAAGUCCAAGUCUCCAGUUUUUUUCAGCGCUCUCUUGUUUGUAAACCGCUUCAGUCUCCUGGACGAGAGUUUCAGACCUCUUUGUUUUCCUCCCGCAGACGUUUACGUCGGCCUCCGUCUGCAGCAGGUGAUGAAGAGCCAGUGGCAGAACAAGUCACUGGAGAGGAGCAAACCACUGAAGAAGCUCUCCCUCAAACACAAGCUGUCCUCGUCCAAAGAGAAGCACAAGUUCACCAACUCCCUCAUGGCAGUCAGUAAGUGCCCAUGCUUUGGCGAAGCUGUCUGCCAGUCCUCUAACGAAUCAGCGCUUUAACAGAGAGAGCGUCCAGGAGUGUCCUGAUAUUAACCACUGGAUCGAGGCCAGUCUGCACAUUUUUGAUUCAGCUGGGAUUGACAGUUUGAGCCGAUCGUCUCACCCGAUCAUCUACGCUCUCUGGGUUUGCCUCGCUGUAUUUACUUAAUGAGAAAGUACAAAACAGGGCGUGGGUGUGAAACUUGAAGUGCAUGAACAGAUUAAAGCAAACGCUCCUUUAAAACAGCCUACAGUAACUUUCCUACAUGACACACGGUUCAAGUGCACACUUAUGUCAUCUGAGCAGGAAAAACAGAUAAUAUACGAAUUUGACAAGAAUUACUCACUUAUUUGUGUGAUUUAAACAAACAGUGUACAGCUCUAUUAUGGAGGCAGAGCGUCAGAUCUGGACUCAGUCGGACAGAUACUCAUUAAAAAGCCAAAAACAGACGAUUAGGACAUCCUGAGUGAGUUCAUACUGAAGCAGCACCUCAUUCUGCAAAAAAACAGAGUCAUACAUUUAAAUGAGUGAUCUUGAAGCCACAUUAAACAUGACUGUGAUUAUUUCAAUAAAUAGAAGAGCGGUGACUCUCAGUGCUGACUUCAGUCAAAGCUUUGAGCUGAUUUUAUGUAUUUUCAAGCUCUUAAGUCAAGUUUAAGUUGAAGUAAAUUGUCUUUCUAUAGAAUUAGGGGGAGAAAAUCACCUGAACAGGGACGUUAAUGUGAAUGUCACCCUGUUAAUUAAGUGUUUCUAAAUACCUUAUUUUUCACACUAUAAGACGCACUCAAAAAUCCUCAGUGUGCCUUAUGUAUGAAUUCUGGUUGUGCUUACUGACCUCGAACCGAGCGCUCAAAAAUCUGUCAAAUGUUUUACUACGACUUCAUUAAGCUACAAAGCUGCACAUCCUGAUGGCUUGUUGGAGCACUUUGUUUGGCUUAAUGCGCUUUAUAAUCUGGUGCGCCUUAUAGUGCGAAAAAUACGGUAGCUGUAUAGCCUUUUCCGUCUUUGUUUUACUCACUCCAGUUGUUUGUAUUUUCACUGUUUGUCCCAGUAAAUAUUUCUGUCACCACACCGCUGAGCAGUCCCAGCUUCCUUAUUCUCCUGUGGUGUGUUCUUACAGCUCGACUGAACUCCAGCAGCUACUAUCAUAUCAGUUUAGAGGCUCAAGACACCAAAAAAAGAAAAGAUGAUAUUAAAAUGUUUAACUUUAAAAUCUCCAAAUAUUCAUGAUGUGACUUGCUGGUGGUGUUGCAGGACUGGGCCACUUUAAGAACCGAGCUGAGAAGCAGAGGACAAUGGACAGCGGCGUCGGCAGCAGCAGUUCUGUUCUGAACGCCACCCGGCUGGAGGGCCAGGCUGUGUGCAAGGCCGAGCGGCUGCAGGGCCUCUCCACCCCGCUGGGGCCCUACGACAAGAACUACAGCUGCAAGAGACUAAGAGAGCACUCGCUGGACCGAACCGACAGUGAGUGUUUCUGGAUGUUUCUCAGGUGUUCAUUUGAGGUGACUCUGAAUCUAAACGCUCUUCUCUCCCGUCCUCCAGCCUCACCCAAACUCUUCCUGGAGUCGAGCAGCUCCUGCCCCUCUCUGCCCAACAUGCACUCGUCCCUCCACAGCCCCCUCACACGCCAGCUGUCCACGUCCUCAGAGAACUCCACACCGCUGGGCACCGGCAGCCAGAGCGUCCCCAACACACCUGUAAGGAGACACGCUGAACCAGAACUUCCUGUUUGUCUGCUUUAGACCUGAUGAUAAACAAAAACCAGAAAGAUCGAACCUCUGCUGUCAGAUUUUAAAGUCCAGACUGUUAAAAAAAAAAAGAUCGAAUGGCAAAUUUAAAGCAGCACCACAACCAAAACUCUUUGCAGAAGUGAGAAUGAGCUAAAAGCGAAACUUGCCUCCUGAAACAGCGUCAUGUGACGUAAACCUUAACUUUUAAGUCGUGUUACUGACAGAUAACACACAUCAGACUCCUCAGACAUGAUUAUCAUGAAGUGAGAGGGCGGCCAGGUGGAAAACAGAAAGUAAACUCAAACUGAAACUUCUUCGCUCUGCGGUCUCGCUUGUUUAUCUGCAGCUGCUGAAGCAGAGCGGCAGGAAACAAAAACACUUGUGGUAGACGAACAGAGCAGCACACGUCUGUCGAAAUACACUCAAUAACACAAAAAUGUUGUAUUUUAUACGUUUAAAACCAAGAGGCACAACCUUUAAAGUCGCAGCCUGUGACUUUAAAACUGAGUUAGUAAAUGUCACUGAGCAUGUGCAGGAAAAUCGAAGAUGAGAAACACGAAUCACUCCUCUUAUCAUUUUUUUAAUUGAUCUUUUGGUCAGACACAUACAGAGAAAAACAUAUACACCUAUAAGUUAAAAAAACACUUGAAUAUAUUGUCUUUUUUCUCCUUUUUCAUAGUCUGUCAUCUUUUUUUCUUAUAAUUUAACUUUACAAACAAGAACACACAUUCUUAACACAAAUAUGAGUCUGCAAAAACACACAAACAAGUCAGACUUACACCAAAAAAUAAAUAAAAAUAAAAAUAAAUAAUAAAAUUUCAUUUUAUUUGUGCAGCGCUUUUAAAAACACUCAAAGACGCUUUACAUAGUACAUAAAACCCAAGGUAAUAAAGCAAAGACACAAAAACAGUAGAAAUAAAAUGAAUAAAACAGUUAGAUAUUAAAAGCAAUUUUAAAUAAAUGAGUUUUUGAAAGGGAUUUAAUACACCCUAGGAAGUCUACCUGUAUACAGUGGAAUACAGUAUCCUGCAUUAAAAACAUAUAAAAAAGAAAUAUGCAGAGGUAGCCAGUGUUAAUUUUUCACAUCCUGCAGUUCGAGGUAGGAAAUAGCUCCAUAUUUCAGCAAACAGAUCCUCCCUACCAGCCGCUCUAUAAGACAUCCGCUCAUAACCUGCCAUUGAGCUCAGUACCUCCAUCCACUCCCUAAAAGUGGACGAGGUGGAAGAUUUCCAGUGGCGUAAAGUUAUCCCCGUUAACGUAGCUAAAUGACACCAUGAUUUUCUGGGUUUUGACAUAUGGAUACUCCCCUAUCAUCGUGUAUGAACCUUGAACACUGACGCCUCUCCUCGUUAAAUUUCCCCCCAGCAGCAGCCCAUCAAGAGGCGGCGAGGAGAAAGCUCUUUCGACAUCAACAACAUCGUGAUCCCCAUGUCUGUGGCCGCCACCACCAGAGUGGAGAAGCUGCAGUACAAAGAGAUCCUCACCCCCAGGUAAACACACCUGACCGACCGCCAUCAUGUUUGGUCUGAAACCGGAGCUCCGACCGUCUGCAGGCUUCACUUCUCCCUGUUUUGUGUUUCAGUGAAUAUUUCAUGCAUUUAUUUUGGUUUCUGCUCCUGCAGUUGGCGAUCAGUGGACAUUUUCUGUCAGCCCAUCACUGAAGAGGAGAACGAAAGAGAGGUGAGUUAACCUUCACUUUCAGUAUUUUCCCAGAGUUUUACAGCAGAGUUCGUGUUCAUGAUGAGCUUUAAAAAAAAGUAGAUAAAAAAAAAAAAAACACUCAUUUGAAUAAUUGAGUUUAUUCAGGCAAAGGGAGAUGAGGGAAAAGUGACACCUGGUGGUCAAACACUGAAAGUUCAUGGUCCUUUUUUUUGAAUGCAGAUGAUUUUGGUUAGCUUCUCUGCUCAAAGAAAAGCUGCACCAGAUAACGAAAGUUUAUUUUAAUUCUUUGCAUCAUUUUGCCUUUAAAAUGUCAGAGAGCAGUGAUAACAUCUCUCUGAACCUGAGCUUUAAGACGUUUUCAGUUCACCAGGUACAGGUGGAUUUAAAGGAGGGAUAAAACGCUCGUCAUGGACAGUAACGUUUAAAACGUCUAUUCCCUCUAAAGGUGGAGGAUCUGACAGACGCCGCCUUCACUCAGCUCCAUCAGCCGUACGAGGACCAGGAGCGUUCCCGUUGGACUUGGAUGGCUCUGGCUCCGGCCAAGAGGAGGGGCAGCAGGUCAGUCCCCGCCCCUGUCCCCACACAAACGCCGUAACUGAAAAAGGCGUUCACAGUCGAGCAAAGAUCCUGACGUCUGUGUCUUUCCUCAGGUCGUACAAAUCUGUAGACGGGCGGACCACGCCGCUGCUGUGCGGGACAAACCCUCCCACCCCCCAGCCUGCGUCCCCUGACCCGGGUCACUGCCCCAUGCUGCACGACUACAGCCACGUGCCCUCGCCCAUGAGCCCCGCCAGCCCUGACACCACCUCCAACCCUCACACGCCCUGCUCCAGAGACUCCCACCGGCUGCUGUCCAGUGAGGACACACGCUGCUCCACGCCAGACUUCACCUUUGAGGAACGGGUACGAGUCUGGUUUUUGAUUGGUUCUGCAGCCUCCUGUUAUGCUGAGUUUUGUUCAUGUUGUGACAUGAUAAGCCCCAGAAUGUAGCAGAAGAUGUGCUGCUGUAGUUUUUGUUUCUCUGGAAGUCCCUGCUGUCCUCUCCUGUGUUUGACUUUAACUCGCUCAGGACUGAUCAAAGUCGUUUCCUGAUUAAAAUCGAUAGUUUUCUAAUAUAUUUGUGUCGGUCUGUGAGGUCCAAAACCAAGAUGAUCCUUUUUUUGUUCCUCUACAAAAACAAACCAGAAGAAAAACCUGACAAGAAUCCUUUGUCUCUUCCAACGAUAUUAAAUUAAAAACAACUGAGACGUGACCGGACACGAAGAAUCAGAUUCUUUGUCUGGAGAACUCUGAGUAUACUGAUGAAUGACUUGGAAGAGCGCUGAAGUGAAAAACCGCUAAAUUUGAUUGGACUGACAUGUUUCAAAAUAACAACAGAACCAGAUUUGGACCCGAACACAGAGAGGAGUUGCCAGCAGUUUUCUUUCAGAGCCAGAAGGGGAAGAAGUGACGGUCACAGGAUCCAAAGAAUUAGACGAACAGAAAAAAGUCUCAGAGAAGACAGGAUACGCGUUCGAAAAAAAAUAGUGACGUCUGAAAUAAUUGCACGACAAAAACGGUCCCGGUGUGCAAAGAGCUUAAGAGAGAAACUGUCGGUUGUAUCUCUGUUUUUCUGAGCUGUGUCGUCUUGUCUCCGCAGACGGUAGCGCCGUGGGAGCGCCGCGGCUUCCCCCUGCCAGAGGACCCGGCCCCGGAGCCCGAGCCGGAGAGCGACCACCACAUCAGGCCCAGAAUGCGCAGCAUCUCAGGUUGCCGAGCGACGGCCUACGGGCGGCUGGACUCGGACGACACGGAGCUGCCUUGUGACGACGACAGCGGCGGCAUCGUCCCCAGACACAAGGCCUCCUCCUCCUCCUCCACCCACCGAUGAAUGACUGACAGGCCGAGGCCCCGCCCCUCGCCCCGCCCCUCACAGCUCCUCUCUGGCAUUAACAAGCAGAACCUCAAAGCAGAAUAAGAUAUUAAAUGGGUUCCUGUUGUUUGAUAUUCAAACAUCAGUCUAAUACUUUUCACAGUUUUUAGUGAAUAUUAUGGAGAUAGAAGCCUUUCCCUACACUUGUUUUUGUCACAGGAAAAAAAAGGAUAAAUGUAAAAAAAAAAGUAUAAAACAACACGUUACAAAAAAUGUUUUCUGUAGUAGGCUAAACAAUGUACAUGGGGGCUUAGUGGUGUUUCAUAUGUCGCGUGUACACUUGUAGCGCACUAUGUAGCGGACUCCUCAAAAUAUGGCCAAAGGGUGUUUUCUAUUGACUAGUUUGCUUGUAAUUCCCAUGUACAUUUUUAGUGGAGUGACAAAUAACAAAACAAGAAAAAAUACCCCCUCCUCCUCCUUCUCCUCCUUCUCCUCCUUCUCCUCAUCCAAAUAAACAGGUACAUUUGAGAUGUGGUUCCUUCUUCUCCCUCUAGAGGUCGCCUGAAAUCACCAGAGCACUUCUCCAAACUGCCAAGUCUGGUUUUGUUGGUUUGCUUUCUCUGUUUGUUUUUUCAUUCCUGACAUGUUUUAUUUGUGUCUGUUCUGUUUGUUUCAGCGUAACACAUUCUUUGUGUGUUUGUUCUUUGUUUUUCUUUUGAAAUAGUAAAAAAUCAUUCCUUUACAGUCUCUGUCCUGAGAGUGUCAGCCCCCUCCUCAGCUCUCCCCUUCCCCUCAGUUUUGUUUCAAAGAGGGUGACAGACACACACACAGGACAGGGGUCUUUUUGAGCACUUGCCCUACAAAGAAAGCGCUGCUGCUGCAUGCUGGGAAACAUGCUCGUGUUAGUCUUAUCACAACAGCACACAGUAAGAUCUCCACGUAUUAAACAAAAGAGGAAAAAGAAGAAACAGUAGGUAACAGGGAUGAUUGUACCAUCUGCUAACUUUACUCACUUCCCCUCCUUGUAUACAGUUCUCGCUGUAUUUAAAGAAGAUAAAAGUGGAAAAAAUAAACAUAAUAACCCUCCACUCGCCCGUAGUCCUCUUUCUUCUGGUUCAGCUUGACAGAUUUUUCUCUUGCAAACGUUCAAAUGUAGCAGCUCUCAGCUAAAAUCCACCCUGAGCUCAGGUUUUCAACGUAAGGGAAUAUUUUCUGCUGUUAAAUAGUUUCACUCUCAGACUGAUCACACCUAGACUGCUCAGUUUUAAAGAAGGAUUUCGUUUCUGCCCCCUCCCCUCAUACAUACACUCAAACGUCAUAACCACACUCUCUCCCCCCUUGCCCCGACCCACCCCCUUCUUAAGUAACUAAUUGCUAUGCAAAAAAAUCUAUGGUUGUUUUCAUUUUACACCUCCUUUUUAUGCCACAGCCAUUCAAUCACUGUUUUUUCUUUUGUAGUUAAGAUGUCGAUGUACCUGUUCGAUUGUUGCAGCAGUUAACCUAAUCAAAAAGCAGAAUUGUUUUUUCUUUUUUGUAAAUAGUACCAUUAAAACAUUUAUGUUUAACUUGGCGCAAGUGUUCUGGCCUCGAGUUUUUCAGUGUCCAAACUGUCUGAAGUCACUUUCUCACAGCUUAAUGAUUCUCUUAGCAGCAGGAACUCGUCGUUUUCCCCUCUAUUCAUCAUUUUGUGUUUGUGCGUUUGUAGAAAAUAAUACAAGACAGGUGCAAGAAUGUGAAUCUGAAGAAGGCAGCAGCUGUG